AUGACCUCGUAUCCGAUAGUGCAACACCUGGAGAGGUCCGCGACAGAGAAGGCUCUACUCAGACCGCACCUCAAAUAUGGAAAGACAGAUCCACGUGCCUGGAAACGCGGCACAAUUAUCAGAGUACCACAUGUAGAACCAAUCGUGCCGUCUAAUCAUGCUCCAGAUCCUAAUCACAUACCUUGGGUAGAGGACAUCAGCAUCGUGCCCAGGAUACGGCUUGCCGUAAUCGUUGCUGUCUUCAGGAGCUCUAUGAUCACGCUUCCUAUAUUCGACCAGAGAACUCGCGACUACGAAUAUACUCGUCUACGCACGACUUCCAUGCAUAUCAAACCAAGAAGCAAGAAAUUGUACGAAGCCGAACCACUUCCAGAUCCAACAGACAGGUCCUUGUACAUCCGGGGUUCGUACGAACCCGAACCUGAAGCCUACCUCGAGCUUACCAGACCAUUAUCCGUGGAGUUCUCCUGGCCCUUUCACUACGUCGACUACCUCGACGCCGUCAAAGCGCCGCACUCCUCCAGCAACGAUAUCGAGUCUGCCACAACACAGGCUUCGCUCCACUAG